AUGGUUUGGGGAAAAGAUAAAAUCUCGGAGAGGCAGGAGAUGGGAGAACCUCCUUCGCCCAAAAAACAAAAGUCGGAAGAUCGACCUGAUCAUCAUGACGAGCAGCUGGAGGUUGGUGCGGCAGAUCCGCCGCCAUCGUCAUCUUUUUCUUCUAGUGUGAGUGCGGCGCCGGUGGUUUCUCCGGAAAGGAACCUGCUGGAUUCAGGAGCACCUGAUCAAGAGGUGCCUGUGGGAGAUGAGUCGUUCGAGAAACCGUCUAGUCCUAUGUCCUGGUCCUGGUUGGGACUAGAUCCUGAGAGCCCAUGGCACGAGAUAGUUAUGAGGUCGAUGAAUACUGAUUUUGGUUCUUCUUCGGAAGACGAGGACGGAGAUCUAAAGCCCGAGGAGGAAGAAAGGAUGAAAAGGGACACUCUAGGCCUUGCUGAUAUAGCUAUAGAAUACUACAACAAGAACGAAUGCGUGAGUUAUGUGUUUGACAAGCCCUUUCUUUGCCGUUGCAUUCUCUUUGAGCUUGUGAUGGUUUUCCAUUUCAACUUCACCGCCAAGGAGGAGAACGCCUCUCCCAUGGAAGGGAACAACCCUUCCAGUCCGUUGUUUUUUGCUGAGGCCAUCAGAUACUACGGGGGAGAUUUCAACAUUCUCAAAUGUGUCAAGUUGGAUACUUCUGUAGACAAUGGUGUCCGCAAUGGUUGCAUCUAUUGCCGUAAAGAAAUUAAACAUCCUCCUGUGGGAAUAUGCGAGUUUGGUGUGAACGAGAUUGAUGAUUACAUAAACUUAGAAAGACAAAUGAAAGCAAACACCAGUCCAUGA